UAACGUUAAUUUGACAAAAGCUGGAUCCUAGCCAUGACCCUAGAGGCGGGACUCACCUUUCAAUCACUUCCGGUUAAGCGCAUGCUUCCUCUUAGGUUUAGCUAGCUAGCUAGCUAACUAACACUCCUUAAACAUAAUCUAAGAAAACGUUAGGAGUUCAUAGCUAGAACACUUUACUUCCAUUAUUUAUAUUUUUCAUCAUCUGAACGUGUGACGGUCGAAGAAAACAUGAAUAUUCGCAACGCAAGGGUAAGUGGGCAACACUGUCGACCAUGCAACACUGUGCUAGCUUGCCAUCUAAGCUAACUAGCUAGCUAGCCACCCAUCGCUAAUAAUAACAAUCCAAGGGUUUGUGAUAACUCCACGUUUGCUUGUCAAGUCAAACUGUGAGCCUGCUAGCCUAUUUAGCUAGCUACUAUGGAACUAGAUUGCUUCUAUGGUAACUAUCAACAAAGUAAACAAGAGAAGUGCCACUUGAAGUGUAACUUGCUAUAGUCAAUAGUGAUAUUUUGAUUUAAUCUUUCCCCAGUCCAGACAUGACAUCUCUUCCUGUUGUCCCUUUUCUGAAGUGUAGUAGGUAACUAACGUUAGUGCCAUUGUUUCAGUCAGUGUCCAGACCAUUGAUAUGACAUUUCUUGUUCUGUUUCCUCAGCCGGAGGACCUUAUGAACAUGCAGCACUGCAACCUGCUGUGUCUCCCAGAGAACUACCAGAUGAAAUACUACUUCUACCAUGGACUGUCCUGGCCACAGGUUAUCAUGGCUUCUUCUUCAGCAGACAUUUCCAUCACCACUUGACUCAAGUGUUUGUUCUGGCAUUCAAUCAGUCACACAUUUAAUCUAACUCAUCAAAAGGAAUGACAAGUGUUAGAUGUAGGCCUAGUUGUUACUAGAUGUCUGUGUAACUCAGUGUAUCUAUCUCUAACAUCACCUCCUCUUUGUUCAUCUUUCAGCUCUCCUACAUCGCAGAGGAUGAGAAUGGCAAAAUAGUGGGAUAUGUUUUGGCCAAGAUGUGAGUAUACCUGAACUACAGAUCUUAUCUCAUGCCAUUGUUUGUCAGUGUCUAUCAAGCCCUCACUCUUAAUGUGGUAUGCAGGGAGGAGGAUCCAGAUGAUGUCCCCCAUGGUCACAUCACAUCCCUGGUGAGUCUUGAUUCUGUACUGUUCAUUGUAGUACUUUAUUGAAUCAAUAUGGGAGAGGCAGUAGACUAUGGAGGAGCUUGCAGAAGAAGGGGGUGACCUAUCAUCUGCAGGUUGUUGAGUAACAGGAAGGAUUAUUAGCAACUGUUUGGAUUGUCUCUGUCUCUCAGGCUGUCAAGCGCUCUCACAGGCGUUUGGGUCUAGCUCAGAAGCUGAUGGACCAAGCCAGCCGAGCUAUGAUUGAAAACUUCAACGCCAAAUAUGUCUCACUUCAUGUCCGGAAAAGGUAGUGCAGUGUGCUGGAUGUCUGUGUUGGACUUCAAUGAGAUUGUUCUAUUUCUAGUCAUUUUUAUAUGGCUCCUAGAUAAGAAUUUCCAGAUGAGUUGUUGUGAAUACAUAAUCACUCUUCUGUUCUCUAGAAGUACAGACAAAAUAUAAUUUGAAUACAGAGAGACACUGUUCGUUUUAGAUCAUUCUUAAUGUGAAUUGUUUUGUCCUUUUGAAUGGUAUCUGUAUUUGUCUGUUCACAAAUAACUUGAAUUGCAUCCAUCUAAUUUUCUCCUACUGCAGUAACCGAGCGGCCUUGCACCUGUACUCAAACACACUGAAAUUCCAGUAAGAUCUCCUUCUAUCCUUGUGAAAACAAACCCUCUUAAAGCAAAUGCUUAUGUCGAUGUUGCAUGUCAGCCUCCUAUUCAAAGGGAUGUUUAUUCAGGAACUGUGGAGUCCUAUUUGCUAAUGAUAUUCUUUGCAGCCGAAUUCAAAUUCAUUUAUUUUUGCCCUUAUUUAACCAGGUAUUGUUUGCAGUGAUACAAUCACAAACAAUGUAUCAUGUGUUGUUGGUCCUAUUCCCCAAUCACUCACAUAUUAAUCAUUUCCUUUCUCUUUCAUAGGAUUAGCGAAAUAGAGCCCAAGUAUUAUGCAGAUGGGGAGGAUGCCUAUGCCAUGAAGAGAGACCUAGCCCACAUGGCUGAUGAGGUGAUUUUCUACUCUUUCCAUUUAUCCAGCAGCCACCUUCGACUCACCCAGUGUUUUGCAUACAGUUCCUUUGAUCCGAUUCUUUACCCUUUUCCCGAAGGGUGCAUCCUACACUCACCCCUCAUGAAUUUAAAAGGAAUAGACUGGUGUGAGCAGUAUGGUGCAAACUCCCUUCCGCCAUACUUUCUUUUAAAUGCAUGAACUGGAGUGAACAAGUGCACACUUCUGGAUGAAGGGUAGAGAUUCGGAACGCAGACUUAAGACACUCUUUACCUGAGGGUUAAGGUCGACCUUUCCUUUUUGUCAGCUGAAUUUUGACAGUUUGUGUCUGUUGUUUCUGUCUAUGGGUCCCACAGUUGAGGAAGCCAGGAAUGAAGGCACUGGGUCAGGAGGCACCUACCACUACGACCACACCCGGUGACCAGGAGAAAGAGGGCGAGGGGGACAGCGGAGGAGAGAACAAAGACCUCAGUGAAGUUAGUGAGGCCACAGAGAGCACAGACGUCAAAGAUUCAUCCUCCGAUUCACAAUGA